AGUUCAUGGCCAAUUGUGCAAAUAAAAUGCUUGAUAUCUUUCAAUUCUUAAUAAUAGAAUAUAAUUAUUAACGUUAAUAUUACUUAAUUGUAUAUGCAAACUUAAAUAUGUUUAGCGUUAUACCAAUAUAAUUAUUUAAAAAACUAUUAAUCACCUUCUUAUGUUAAUUCCAUACUAUCUUAUUUUCUACUAAAAUGAAUAUUGUUCGUUAAAUUUACCGACUUAGAAAGCAUCGAGCAAGGUCAUCUUUAAAAUGCACAAUCAAUGCAACGAAGAAGAGAUAAAUGAAAUGCAUAUAUGGGCAAUUGCUUAAAUAUUUUUUUAGUCAAUAUCGUGACACGUAGAGAUAAGAUGUCAUCCAAUAACGAUUCAGAAAUAAUACGGUUUAAAUGUGAUAAAAUGAUGAGUAGGAGGAGAAAUUACCAGUCACUGUAGCUAUAUAAGGAGAAAAGUAUGUUUUCGAAAGAAUGCCCAACAUAAAAAUGCAUGGUAUCAAAAGAGUAUUAGUUUUUUGUACAUUGACAACCGUACUACCAUCGAUGCUUAUUCUAAUCCCUCUCUAUCUGCGACACAGUUUUUAUGCUAAUGUAGCAUACGCUGUUACAGAAUCUGAUAUUUUGGAGGUCAAUGAUGGAAUAUCAACAAUAUUUUGUUCUGAACAUACUUUACAAAUGAAUGCAACAUUUAAUGCAUUCCAAAUGUCGCAUAGACCAGAAAUAACAUCGUAUAAAAAACAUAUACGAUUAAAAAAGAGUAUGAAUUUACCGGAUGACACAUUCGAAUAUUGGGGAUUUUAUUUACUCAAAGGUGCUACAGUAUUACUUUCUGUAUGUUCAAGAUUUCAAGGAGCUUCUAUUUUAGUUGUGAAAGGUGAACGUAACUUACGUACUUGUGAGAUUUUAGAACAAAAUAAAAACAAGGAGCGUAUAUCGGAUAUGUUUCUACCAGAGGCAGAUCAAGUUAAAAUUACAUACGAAACGCAUAUGAAGGAAAUUAAUUCUGUUGAAACUAUGAAUCAGCAAAUUUUCAAAGCUUUCACGAAAAAAAAUAAUACAAAACAAAAUUCUAAUGAAACAUACAUUAAACAGAUGAUAGAUAAUCUCAAUGAUACUAAUCGAGAGAAAUUUUUGGCAGCUAUAAAUAAAUCUAUGCAUUUAAAUAAUUUGCAAGUUACUAAUAUGAAAGAAACUGAAAAUUAUACAAUAGAAGUACCUGUAACAUUGAAGGAAAUGAAAGAAAAUGAAUUUACUGAGAAAAUUAGAUCUAAGCGAUGGUUUAAUAAAAUGUUUAGUGGACAAGAGAGAAAGUUGCAAAAAGAAGAAGAAUUACAAAAAACAUCAACGAUUAUACAACGUGAAAAUGAAAGUAGGAAAAAAGCUUCAAAAAUUCAUAAUCAGGAUAUUCAUAAUCAAAAACAAGUAGAAAACCAUAAAAAUUUAAUUGAAAGGCUGAAAAUGGAAUUAAAUAUGGAACAUAAUGAUAAUGACAAUGUAGAAAAAGAUUUAGAUGAAAAAUUAGAAAAUAACCUAGUUAAUAUUAGAGUAAAAAGAAAUCAAGAACUUGUGAAACCACCUUCAUUACUCGAUCAAGGUAUUAAGCAUGGUGGGAAUGCAGAUAAAAAUACAAUUGAUUCUGAUGAAGCAUCAUCCGUAUCUAGUUUCGAAAAUGGUUUAUUUAAUUGUUAUGAAGGUUCAAUUCUUUUGACUAAAGAAUUUGAACCUUCUGAAAAAUGUAUUAAUGUUGAUUAUUUAGUUAAUGGAAAACAUAUGGAGACAAAACAUGAUGUUGUAGAGGAUGGAUAUUAUUAUUAUAUUUUUUAUAGCGAUAAUGAUUUUGUUUCAAACGAUAUACAUGCACUGUUUGAUAUUUAUAAACCAACUUUUCAAUACGAAAAUGUUACUAAGUCUUGCAUAAAUCAAACAGAAUGCUCAUUUUCAUUAGAUCUAAUGUCACCUGAUAGAGUAAUCGUGGAAAUACCAACUAAAGAUGGUAUAGAUCUAGAUCCAGAUGAGAUUAGUUUAUUAAUUUCAGUUUGCCACCCACGAAUGGGUGUGUACGUCAUUUUUCCGAUCGCAGUAUUAUUCUUCAUACUCGGUUGUGCAUUUAUGUAAAGAUUUAUAAAAAUGAUUUACAGUUAUAUAUAAUUUAAAAAUGGAGUUGAUUAUAGAUUAUAUCAAUUUUAUGAUUUAGAUAUUAUAUAUAAAAUCUUGUUGACUGAAAAUAAAUCUAUAAUAAUGUAUUAUAUAUAGAAAAUGUUAAAAAUAUGAUUAGAGAAUAUAUAUCUAAUUAUUAAUAUAUAUAUUAAAAAAAUAUAUAUAUAUGAAUCUGCACUAUGUAAAUCUAAAUAUUUAAAAUAUGUAAAAUAUGGAAUAUACACGAUGAUGUGAUAGGUGUAUGUAUAUAAUGCAAAAAUCUAAAUACUCGCAAUACUCUAUGUUGUGUCAUAACUAUUUUAUAUUGGAAAUCUGAUUUGUGUAUAUUAUUGUACACACAAAUAUAUAUAUACACACAUACAUACACAUAUAUAUACACAUAAGAAAAUAUUUUUAUAAAUAAUAUAGGCUUGCAAUAAAAUGUGUAAAAGUAACAGUGAAUUAUCAUAUCGGUGCAAUAGAUAUUCGCCUAAAGUUUUAUGAAAGAGAAGAAGUAUUUUUUCAUUUUAAUGGUUGUAUAAAAAAUGUUAAAUAUUUUCAAAUGUUAAAUCAAAUAUAUCAUUAUUAUACUGUUAAUUAUUGUAUUUGAUAUUCUUGAAGGAAAAUGUUAUAUACUUUUGUAAAGUGAUAUAACAGAAAUCCAAUAUGUACAAAUAAAUGAAAAAGUAAAAUUAAGAAUGUUUUUUUAA